GCCUGUAAGAUUCUCAAAAGACUUUUAUAAAUAUUGACUUGUUUUGGAGGUUCAUGUGUAGGCAAGCAUGCUUUUCAUACUGUCAAAUCUCUUCUUAUAUGAUGCAUUAUUUUCUUCCCUAAUUCAUUCACACUGCUUCAUGUUUAUGUGGUUCCUAUCCCCAGGAAAAGACUAGUGGGAAGUUUGCAUGAUGUCUUAUUUUACCCAAUCCCUGGGCUAUAUCUUGCAAUGAAUUGUUAAUAAAUAAGGUUGCACAUGUUAAUCCAAUUGCUCACUGCCCUGUUCCCUGCUAAUUAUGCACUGGUUACUUGGGACAAGACUCCCUGUUUCUGGGUUUGAGGAACUCUUUGCCCUGCUGUUAAAACAUCUGUUGGUUAAUUUUAAGAUUAUUUGUUAAUCCAUGACAACAUAAUGUUACUGUGUCUAAACUUUGGAUCCCACUUAUGCAUAUGCCUCAUCAGAUGUCACAUGCCCUGCCCCAUCCUUGCGCAAUAUCACAUAUGGAUUAUCUAGUUACAAACAAAUAUUAUGUUAGCACUAUUCAUCUUGUCAAACUGUGGCAGGUCUAACAUGACUGGACAGCAUAGGCAUGGCAUCAGGAUGGCGUCGGAGCCGACGGCCGGCGCCGACGGCGUGUUCCGCGCCUCUGGCCAUGCCGACGGUCUGCUGGUGCGCAUGGACCGGCUGCGCCUGCAGCACGCGCUCUGUGACGUCACGCUGGUGGCUGACGGCCGACGCAUCCCUGCUCACCGACUGCUGCUGUCGGCCGCCUCGCCCUAUUUCGAGGUCAUGUUCACACACGACGUGCUGGAGGCGCGCGCGCCGGUGGUCGAACUGAAGCAGGUGGACCCGGACGCACUGCAGAUGGUGGUGGACUUCUGUUAUACAGGUUGUCUGGAGCUGAAUGAGCAGACGGUGGAGCUGCUGCUGACCACGGCCAGCCUGCUGCAGCUGUCGCAGAUCCAGACGGCCUGCUGCCACUUCCUCGAGAAGCAGCUGCACCCCUCCAACUGCAUCGGCAUCGGCCUGUUCGCUGAGCGGCAGGGCUGCCAGAAGCUGCACCGCUCCGUCCAGCGCUUCACCGCCGACAAGUUUGUCGACGUCAUCAGGAACAACGAGUUUCUGGACCUGCCACCAGACGAGGUGGCUGCUCUUCUUGCCUUGGAUGAUCUCAACAUUCCAUCGGAAGAAGUCAUCUUUUACGCCCUGAACAUUUGGCUGAACCACGAUCUGAAGAAGAGACGCAAGCACCUGGCUCAGCUCAUGCCCCUGGUGCGGCUGCCGCUGGUCAGCCCACAGUUCGUGGUGGACCGGAUCCAGUGCAGCCCGGUGUUCUCGUCGGACCGCACCUGCCUUUCGCUGAUGCUCGAGUCGCAGAGCUUUCACUUGCUGCCAGAGCGGCGCUUCUCGGUGGGCGCCGAGCGCACGCGGCCGCGCAAGGCCACCGUCGGCACGCUGUACGCCAUCGGCGGCAUGGACCGCGAGAAGGGCUCGACCGUGAUCGAGAGAUACGACCUGCGCUCGGACCGGUGGGUGCAGUGCGGCUUCAUGACCAGCCGGCGACUGCAGUUCGGCGUGGCCAUCAUCGAGGAGCGGCUGUACGUGGUGGGCGGCCGCGAAGGCCUCAAGACGCUCAAUACCGUCGAGUGCUACGACCCGGUGACUCAGUGCUGGAGUUGCCAGCCGCCCAUGAACAACCACCGGCACGGACUAGGUGUGGCCGUCCUGGGCGGUCCGCUGUACGCCGUCGGAGGGCAUGACGGCUGGGGCUACCUGAACACGGUGGAGCGCUGGGACCCACACACCAAACUGUGGAGUUACGUUGGCAACAUGCAGCACCAGCGCAGCACGUGCGGAGUGGCGGCCCUCAACGGCAGGCUGUACGCGGUCGGCGGCCGCGACGGCUCCUCGUGCCUGCGCUCGUGCGAGUCGUUCGACCCGCACACCAACCGCUGGUCGGCGGCGGCGCCCAUGCUGCAGCGCCGCGGCGGCGUCGGCGUCGGCGUCGUCAACGGCUGUCUGUACGCGCUGGGUGGCAGCGACGCGCCGGCCACCAGUCCCAACAGCCUCAAGUUCAGCUGCGUCGAGAGAUACGAUCCAAACACGGACCAAUGGACGGAGAUAGCCUCGAUGGUCAUUGGUCGGGACGGGGUGGCUGCCUGCGCUCUUGGCCAAUGGCUGUUUGCCGUGGGAGGUUCCGACGGUCAGCAGUACCUUCGAUUGGUCGAGUGCUACGACCCGCAGACGAACGAGUGGAAAAAGUCGGCGCCUCUCAGCAUCGCGCGCGCCGCCGCCUGUGUGGCCGUGGUGAAGCCGGUGGUGCCGGCCGCCGUGAGCGAGCUGCUGGCCGAGAUGCCGGUGGCCUCCGCCGACCGGGACACGUCCGAUGAGGACGACCAGGACAAGCAAGCAGGGUGAGGACGCGUGAGGACGAGCAGGGAAGCGGGGCAAGCAUGCCCGCGUCCGCUGGAGGUUGCGGACGCUGUCGCCUUUUUAUCCCAUAAACUCGCAUCGGUGGAGCGAUGCCGUGCGCUCGGACUGAGGCGUCGGUGUCGCCACACUGCUGUCGGCCUUCCAGCUGUCGGUGGGUCCGGACGGCCCGUUCCGGUGCGUGGCGUCCGCACAGUCGCUCGGCGUAGAUAGCUUUGUUCGGGCCGCCACAGAUAGUGUCGCCAAGGAAAUUAGAUUAUUUUUAGAAUGGUUUCAGGGUAAUUAUCAUGUCAGACGUCACCUGGAUAUCUGGCCUGCGUGACUUCCUGUCAGGAGAACGGCCGCGCGCAAGACUGUGAUGUAAGCUCACUGUCAUCUGUCGUCACAAUCUAUUUUUAUAAGUCAAUUAUUGAUGUGCUUGCGAAAUAUCGAAAGUUUGCCCAUCAUCAAGCACUUCAUAUAUCGCGUGAACGUGUUUGUCACAUCGUGACCGGCCUGGUGUACGUGUAUUUUAUACGGUGUUCGUUUCGUUUGGUGCGUUCCUGCGGACGGUGCAUUUUGUUUGGUUUCAGUUAGGUUGUGUUGGAUCUGGGCUGUGUGAUAGCACCCAGCUGUGAUCAGUGGAGAUGUUUUGCGGUGUUCGGGAAGUGGUAAUCUUUAUCUUUUUCCCAGCACGCAAAGCGUUAAAGUUAUUCAGUUUUGUAUUAUAUUCCAAUAUAGUUCGACCAUAUU